UCACGUGUUAGUGGUGAGCGUUUUAUGUUUUUGUAUCGUUUUUAUUUAAUUGAGCUUUUAAAAAACGAUUGCAAAACGUUUUUUGCUUUUCUGGCAGAUCAUUGCAUCGGUAAAGCGCCACAACAUCGUUGUUUUUUAUCAUCCUAUUCUUUUCGGUAACAACAACAGCGAGAACAAAUUGAUUUGAUUUGAAUUUCUAUUCCUAAAAGUAAACACAAUGGCAUAUCGUGUACAAUUCGAAGGAAACAAUGAGAUUGGUGUAUUCUCGAAAUUGACAAAUACUUAUUGUCUAACAGCGAUUGGUGGUUCAGAGAAUUUUUAUUCGGUAUUUGAAAAUGAAUUGGCCAAUGUAAUACCAGUGGUACAUGCAUCGAUAGCUGGUUGUCGUAUUAUUGGCCGUUUAACUGUAGCAAAUCGUCAUGGAUUAUUAGUACCGAAUACUACUACCGAUCAAGAAUUACAACAUUUAAGAAAUUCAUUACCAGAUUCAGUAUCCGUACAACGUGUUGAAGAACGUCUUAGUGCAUUAGGUAAUGUUAUUGCCUGUAAUGAUUAUUGUGCACUUGUACAUCCGGAUUUAGAUCGUGAAACAGAAGAAAUACUUGCCGAUACAUUAAAAGUUGAAGUUUUUCGACAAUCAAUUGCACAACAAGCAUUAGUUGGUACAUAUUGUUCAAUUUCAAAUCGUGGUGGUUUAUUACAUCCACGUAUUAAUGUUGAACAACAGGAUGAAUUAUCAUCAUUAUUACAGAUCCCAUUGAUUGCCGGUACAGUUAAUCGUGGUUCCGAAUUAAUUGGUGCCGGUUUAGUUGUAAAUGAUUGGUCAUGUUUCUGUGGUUUUGAUACAACAUCCACAGAAAUAUCAGUCAUUGAAAAUAUAUUCAAAUUGACUGAUCUUCAUGGACCGAACAAGAUACAAACAUCGAUGCGAAUGUCAUUGAUUGAAAGUAUGACAUAGAAAAAAGAUGAUGAAUCCGUAAAAUUUUAUUUGAUGGUUUCAAUGAUCAUUUCGCAUAUUCAUUAUCAUUUUGUAAACAAAACCAAAAUUGAAUGAAU